AGCGCGGCGGUCGUGGCCGAGCCCGGAGCGCUGUCCCUGCGCGCGUCCCAGCUGUGGCCUCCGCGCCUCGCCCCGUCAUGCUCCUGCUGCUGGGGCUGUGCGUGGGGCUGCAGCUCUGCGCUGGGUCGGUGGAAGAGGCGCGGGGCUGGGAUGGCACUUCGGAGCAAGUUGGACUCAGAUUUCCAAGACAAGUCAGGCUGUUGCAAAGGCUGAAAACGAAACCCUUGAUGACAGAAUUCUCGGUUAAGUCUACCAUUAUUUCUCGCUAUGCCUUCACUUCGGUUUCCUGCAGAAUGCUGAACAGAGCAUCUGAGGACCAGGAAAUUGAGUUUCAGAUGCAGAUCCCAGCUGGAGCUUUCAUCACCAACUUCACCAUGCUUAUAGGAGACCAUGUGUAUCAGGGAGAAAUUACAGAGAAAGAAAAGAAAAAUGGUGAUGUGGUCAAAGAGAAAAGGAAUAAAACCACCACAGAAGAUAAUGGGCAGAAGGGCACUGAAAUGUUCAGAGCUUCUGUGGUGAUUCCCAGCAAGGACAAGGCCGCCUUCCUCCUCAGUUAUGAAGAGCUCUUGCAGAGGCGGCUGGGGAAGUAUGAGCAUGUCAUCAGCGUGCGGCCCCAGCAGCUGGUGGGGAGGUUGACGGUGGAAGUGAAUAUUCUGGAGCAGUCGGGCAUCACGUCACUGGAGGUGCCAGGGCUACAGAACAGCAAACAGAAGGGCAGUGGGCGAGGGGAAGGUGAUUCUGGACCACCUCCUUCUACUCUUAUCAACCAAAAUGAAACAUUUGCCAAAGUCACCUUUAAACCUAGUGUAGUACAACAAGCCAAGAUUGCCCAGAAUGGCAUUUUGGGAGAUUUCAUCAUUAGAUAUGAUGUCAGCAGGGAACAGAGUAUUGGGGACAUCCAGGUUCUAGAUGGCUAUUUUGUGCACUACUUUGCUCCCAAAGACCUUCCUCCUUUGCCCAAAAAUGUGGUGUUUGUGCUUGACAGCAGUGCCUCCAUGGUAGGAACCAAACUCCGGCAGACCAAGGAUGCUCUCUUCACUAUUCUCCAUGAUCUCCGACCUCAAGAUCAUUUCAGUAUCAUUGGAUUUUCCAACCGGAUCAAAGUGUGGAAGGACCAUUUGGUAUCAGUUACUCCUGACAAUAUCAGAGACGCCAAAAUCUACAUUCACCAUAUGUCGCCUUCCGGAGGAACAGAUAUCAACGGGGCCCUGCAGAGGGGCAUCAGUCUGCUCAAUAAUUAUGUGGCGCACAAUGACAUUGAGGACCGGAGUGUGUCCCUCGUCAUCUUCCUGACAGAUGGGAAGCCCACGAUCGGGGAGACUCACACCCCCAAGAUUCUCAACAACACCAAGGAGGCAGCCCGUGGUCAGGUCUGCAUCUUCACCAUUGGCAUCGGGAACGACGUGGACUUUAAGCUGCUGGAGAAGCUGUCGCUGGAGAACUGUGGCCUCACACGGCGUGUUCUCGAGGAGAACGACGCGGGCUCACAGCUCAUCGGGUUCUACGAUGAGAUUAGGACCCCUCUCCUCUCUGACAUCCGCAUCGAUUACCCACCUGGCUUUGUGGAACAGACUACCAGAACGCUGUUCCCUAACUACUUUAACGGCUCCGAGAUCAUCAUUGCUGGGAAGCUAGUGGAUAGGAAAAUAGAUCAACUGCACGUGGAAGUCACGGCCAGCAACAGUAAGAAAUUCGUUGUGCUGAAGACAGAUGUGCCAGUAGAGCCCCGGCAGGCAGGGAGCACCAGGCCCAACCCUGAUGGCAAUGACCCCAACCACAUGGAGCGCCUCUGGAGCUACCUCACCAUGAAGGAGCUGCUGAGCUCCUGGCUGCAGAGCGGAGAAGAGCAGGAGAAGGAGCGGCUGAGGCAGAAGGCCCAGGCUCUGGCUGUGAACUCUCGCUUCCUCACCCCGUUCACUUCCAUGAGGCUAAAGAAACCGGCCCUGCAGAUAGAGCAGCUGGAGGACUCCACAGGCAUGUCUGCUGCCACUGGGCCAGAAACAGUGAUGCAGAGCCUGCACGGAACCAGCGCACAGCCAGGACCUGCUAUCAAGAAAACGUAUAACCCAAGAAUUAAAAUCUCUAAAACAUCAGCGGAUGGAGAUCCCCAUUUUGUCGUGGAUUUCCCCUUGAGCAAGCUCACUGUGUGCUUCAACAUCGAUGGGCAGCGGGACAUCCUGAGGCUAGUUUCUGACCACGUGCAUGCCGGUGUGACAGUGAAUGGAGAGUUAAUUGGGGCCCCAGCUCCUCCAAAUGGCCACAAGAAACAGCGCACUUACUUCCGCACCAUCACCAUCCUCAUCAAUAAGCCUGAGAGGUCUUAUCUCGAGAUCACCCCUAACAGAGUCAUCUUGGAUGGUGGGGACAGGCUGGUCCUCCCCUGCAACCAGAGUGCAGUGGUUGGGAGUCGGGGGCUGGAGGUAACAGUGUCUGCCAAUGCCAAUGUCACCGUCACCAUCCAGGGCACCAUUGCCUUUGUCAUCCUCAUUCACCUCUACAAAAAGCCAGCACCCUACCAGCGAAACCACCUGGGCUUCUACAUCUCCAACAGCAAAGGCCUUUCUAGCAACUGCCAUGGGCUCUUAGGUCAAUUCCUGAACCAGGAUGCCCAGCUCACUGAGACACGUGUCCAGACCAGCAAAAACCUUAUGAGCCCCAGCCCCUCACUCCCUGAGUCAGGCGAGAAGUCAGAGGCCGUCUUAAAGGUGAAAGGGCACCAAGUCCCAGUGGUCUGGAAACAAAGGAAAAUCUACAACGGGGAAGAGCAAAUAGACUGCUGGUUCACCAGGAAUGCAGCCCAGCUGCUGGAUGGGGAAUACAAGGAUUAUCUGGCCACGCACCCCUUUGACUCAGAGACUGCUUUAGGCCUGGGAAUGGCCAGGGCACACUAAUGCCUUAAAUGGAGAGGGCAUGUUGGGGCACAGUCUUUGGGGACAUGGGGCACCAUUCCUGUGCCUGCACGUGCCUCACUUGGCACCCAGCUCCUCAAGAUCUAACUGGUGGUGUGUGUACGUCUGAUGUCUGCUUGAGAAAGGCAGGGGCAGGAAGCUUCCACUUCCUCCUCCUGCCUCCCCACACCCCAUCCACAGCAGAGAAAGAUGGUAUGAAAGGUUUAGCCCAAAGCAAGAAGUCUACAUCUUGUGCCCACUGGCUUGUCCACCUCAUGGCCCACUGUAGGUAACUCUGCUAAAGGAAGGUGCCACACAUUUAUUUUCUCUGUGGAAAUGGCCAAGUGUGGUCACUCUGCCUUUUUUUUUUUUUUUUUUUGCCUUGUAGUACUGCUUAGGAAUCUCUUAGCGCUGCUGUGUUCCCCAGAUGUGAGGUCAACCUCUGCCUUAGGGGCAUCUCAUGGAGCCCAGGCCUCGGGUCAUCCACAGCAGGUAGAUUUGAUCAUUGUUAAAAAAUUCCGUCAUAGACGAGGUUUUUCUUCUGUUGUAAUAUCUUGCCUUUGACAUUUCACUUGUUUCUUUCAAAAGAACAUUGAAAAUAGAAAAUCUGCACCCCAGAUAUCCCUCUCUUUCUGAGGACUUUGUGAAUCACUUGACUUUGUUGAUGGGUAGUCUCCUAUUUAUUCCAGUAAGCUAAGUGCUUUUAAUAAACAGGACAACCCCAUGUGAAUGCUUUUUACUGGCCUGUCUGGGGGCUGGAGAGCUCGUCAGUUGAAUGAUGAAUCUUUUACUUGGCAUGCUUCAACCUUUGUCAUAAUUCUGGUCCUUACUUGCUCACAGUUCCAUAGGAGGUGACAGAGUUGGCUCUGGCCGCAUUGGCAUGUCCAUCAGCCUGAUGCCGGGAGUCAGUUUUACGUUCUCAGCAACAAGUAUGGACAUGCCUACAAAAUCUCAAUGCCUUCCACAUCUCAAACAGGCAAAGGUGGGAAGUCAGCAUGAGGCAGGUGCUUUGGUUCCAGAACACAGACAAAUUUGAUCCUAUACAGCAAGGUUAAAAUCAGUGAGGCUUCAGUAGUCAGUGAAUAUCACCCUUCGCUCUGUGAAGUUUGCUCAUACUCGCAGGGAAACAUGAGCCUGCUUCCCUGCUGUCCUCCACAGUCCUCUUUGUUCUGCUUGGUCUUCUCAGGUUGCUGAGGCUCAGGGAGGAUUGUCCUUACUGGAUGAGAAACACAGUCAGAAUUCAGGGAGCACUUGAGCCAAACAGCAGAGGAAGAUUUGAGUCAGAGAAAUGUAAAAUUUAGAUGUGAGACCCAAUUAAAUGGAAGCUUUUGUGUGGGCUUCUCAGCAGUUUUUUUUCCAAUUAGGAGGGACUCCUGAGCAGACUUUCACAAAGUGUGGAAGCAUACUCAGCACUUGGAGAGAUAUCAGAGUUAAGAAAACAGUUUAUCAUCAUUACCCUCCGUGGGAACAUUUGAGAGGCAGAAUGACAUCCACAUGCUUCUGCCAGACCCGGUGGCUUCAGAAGGUGAGGUCAGUGUGGGGAAUGUUUCAAUUCUGUCCCAGAGUCUUGGUCUCUCUCUGCUCGGCGAACCCACCAGACCAUGGCUCCUGCUGUGUUAUUCUUGACUCCCAUCUUCCCAGACUCUUCUGUGUGUUUUCAUGGUUAGAAAGACACCAGCUAAGACUGCCUACUGAUGCUUCCAUAUAUCGGAGCUCCGAGGAAGAGGGGGUGACCCCAGGGCCAGCCAGUGCCUGGUAAGGCUCCAGGGGCCCUCCCUGUUACGUAAAUCUCAGUCCCAGUGUCCCAUGUGCAUCACUGAGAAUCAGCCUGUGUAUCUACUACAUUAAGUUCACUGCUAAAUGUUACUGCAAUCAAUCAAAAAAAGUAAACUCAGGUGCAGAGUGUGUUAGAGAAAGGCACUCAGGGUUGAAUACUUGAUAUUUCUAUUAAAGUUUAAUUACAGAAAUAACUAAAAGGCCCAUAUCUUCUAGUAAUAAAUAAAUGAUAUUAUCAAUGAAUAAAAGUUAUAAAGAUCAUCCAAAUAGACUUUCAUUAUACUCACAUGCGUUAGUUUAACCUGCUCAAAAUUUAAA